AUGAAGAGCCAAACCCACGAAAUGAAAGCGCCACAAACUCCGUCUGAGGGGUCCUUGAAAGAGUCGCAGGCGCGAUCAUCGCGCCAAUUAAUGAUAAUACAAGUAAAACUUGUGGACGUGUCAGAGCCGGAAGAGGCGAGAAAGGCGACUCAGAAGGUCAUUCAGACCGCUAAAGAGGUCCAGGCAAUGACAUUCUGCGGCUGUGGAGAGUUCCUCGCAGUCGCUGACGCUACAGGAACGCUGUCUCUGUAUAAGAGCAAUGGGGCUUUAUUGUUCGGACACCGGAUAAUGCGCGAGGACUCGGACAGUGUCGUCUCGAUUAAAUUUGCCACUUCGGAAGGCAAAAAGAGCUCGAGCGACGCGCAGGAGCUGGUGGUGGUAACCCGAUUGGGACUAUUAUUGCGAAUAUGCGGCUUGAGACUCGCUGCGUUCGAGAAAUUGGUGCUGGAGAAGCCCAAGGAGGCGCUGAGCGAGAUUCUGCGGACCAUUCGCUUUAACCGGACGACUUUUUCGGGCGGCUACAAGCUACUGCGCAGUCGUGUGUGCUGGUGGAAUUGGCGAGACAUGACCGAGUUGAAGGAGGCAGCUGUGUCCGGAAUAAUGAGCUUUGCGGUGGUCGGAGAUCGUGGAGAGAGCGAAUCGAACUCGACGUCGCUACUCGUUGUGGCCAGAGCUGCUGAAGACGCCAAUGCCACACCAUCGUUUCAAUUGGUUGAAAUCUCGCACGAUGACUCUGGCGAUGCUAACACUGUAGCGGUCUUGGACUGGACUGAUAGCGUGUACAGGGACGUCGCGCUAUUCGCAAGAAUCGGUGGCUCUAGUCACUGCCAAGCACUCGCAGCGUGUCGAACCGAAGGCGGUGUCACGAUGGUACUACUGACUGGGGAUCAUAGUAUUACGGACGAUAGUAUUGGAAGUGAAGGAGAGGAGAGUGUUGGUGAAGAUACCGUCACGAUGGCCGAGUCGCUAGUGGACACAUCGAUCUCGUCUUUGACGCACAAAGGAAGGAUGAAGCGGUAUCAGACUAAGCUUGAUGCUUGUACUCGCUGCAUUGGAGACAGCGAGGAAGAUUCCCGCGUUAUUCUCAAGAUCUUACUGGCAGUAGCAGCGAGGAUUCGGGAGUACACAAGCUCGUCACCAAAAUUGUCGUCUCGCAUGGCAAGUUUACUGCAUUGGUGCGAUGAAAUCAGCGACUUGUCGUACAAGUGGACCACAUUCCAGCUACUGCGUAGUUCGUCUACACGUGACACACUACGCGAGAAAUGGCGUCGAUUUCGAUCACGUGGUGUGGCUGAAUUGCUGGAAAAGUACAUGAAAUUGGGCAACAUGAGAGCUGUAAGGCUACUGUGGAGUCGUCACGUAGACGACGCUACUGUCCACAGCAUCGUGGAGCAUCAAUUCGACAUUUCGCUGCCGGUUUUCGAGGACGAAACACCGGCAACCAUCGCCAUGAGUAUGCUGGACCGUGUAUGCGAUGCUGCUUUACUCAAGAAUGCAAUGGAGAAACAUGUGCGUAAAUAUCUUGGCUUCUGUGGCGUUAAAGUCGACUCAGUGCUACACGACUACGUGACGGAGCUGGCAGAAUCCGUCCAGACUGCUCAAUCCACUGAAGAACUCAGAGCGCUGGUGUUAUUGAAGGAAAUCUCGGAUAUUAACGUGUUGGAAGUAGUGGCUUGCGUUACGUGA